GUGAACCACCUCGAAAAAAAUUGAAACAGUCUUUGUUUAGUCUUCUGUUCUCUGCGUCUAUUUUUCAUUUAUUAGGUACUUACUACUUACCUAGAUUACGUGUUUUUUCAAACAUGGUGAAAAUGUUUUGUUUUAAUAAUGGUAUUACGGGUGUUUUCGUCUGUUUAUUUUUAUUAUAUCUUGAUCCAAACUCCACAAUCUUGUGUGAUGCAGCAAACGAGCUAAAAAGUACACCGGCACCAAAAAUUUGUGAGGUGCCCACGCUAUCAUCACCCCAUAUGAAUAACACUUACAAAUGUAUCAAAAACAUCGAGGAUGAAUCAAAAUCUUGUGUUUCUAACGGUACAGUUUUCGAAUUGACAGUGAUUAAAAUCAAGUGCAAUCCUGGUUAUUUUGUAAAUGGCAAAGAAGAAUUGGUAUCGGUUUGCUACGAUAACGAAUGGGUUCCUCCCAUAAAAGAAUGCAGCCACCCUCCCGUAGAUUGCGGUCGAUUGCGAAAAAACACACGUGAUUCGCAAACCUCGAGCAUGCCAUGGGAUGUCACCAUUCUCCGAUCAGAUAAAGAAACUAUGAGAGUAUGCUUCGGUACUAUCAUAAGUUCCAGAGUAAUUCUAACCUCUGAACACUGUUUGCUCAUCAGCGUUUUUGAUCAAUAUGACUACAAAUCUAUGAGCCGCCGAAAUCCCUUGGAUCCCGCAAAGUUCGAAGUAGUGCUUGUGAAUGAUCUACGUUAUCAAAUUAAUUCAACGUGGUGGAGCCGUGUGAAGUAUUAUUCAUCCGAAAUAUUGAACCCUUUUCAAAAACACAAACAUUCUACACCACUGAAGAUUGAAGAAUUUCGUUAUUUCAAGCACGGAAAUCAAGACGAAUCCCUCUAUCAUGACCCAUUAAUAGUAAUUAUGGAAAAAGAAAUCAAGUUCGACUCGCAAGUUUACCCAGCUUGUGUUCAAUGGGAAAACCCCAAAAGACUCAACAUUACUACUGGAAUAGCAAAGGUAGAACAAUUCAGUACAGCUGCAGACAACGCAGGUUUCAGUAACAAUGAUUACUCUUUCAUGAGCCAGGACGCAUGCCGUGAAAACCCAACAUAUCCUUACUUCGUGUUCAACUGGGCAGCUCUCUUGCGUCGUGUUGACGAUGAGCCAAACACAGACCGCAAUGAUACUAAAUUAUUCAUCAAACGCAACCCUACUGCGCUACACAAUGGGACAUUGUUUUGUCUAGAGCUGAAGCACAACGAAUCGAUCCGUUUUCAGACUGUAGGCGGCAGCGGGGUUAUUAUCGAAACAGAUCGUCGCUACUUUAUUCGAGGAAUUGCAGGACUAGGACUCUUCAGACACCCAUUAAACGACGAUGCUCGUUUCAAACAUUUCAUGAAUGCAAUUCGUAACGUUGCAAACAUUUCGUAUCAAGACUUUUCAAAAAAUAUUUCUGAUUUAAUAACUAACGGGUCAUUUGAUCCUGGAUUUGUUCACGAAGCAGUCUUCGUAUUUAAUUAUAACUUUGCAAGUCUUCUGCGAAAUCAUCUUAAACCAGCUGGAGAGUUGUUGACGAAUCAGCCAGACAAGUUGAUCGGUGUUACAGAUAUAGCUGACUAUGUAGAUUGGAUCAAACAUAUUGUAGCUGAAGUCGACCCAUAUUACAUACUAUGAUUGAUUAUUAAUACAUACAUAUGUAAGUGUAGGUAUACCUAUACUAGCACAUAGAAAGUGAAUGUUUUUUAAAACUUGUUUACAUUUUUCACAAAGCGCAACUUUCUUUAUUUCUUUCCUUUUUUCUUCUUAUUUUUUCUUAGUUGAGUCAAGUACCUACCCAGUUAGGUAUAGGUACUCAUGUUGUAGUCUUGUAGAAAUGGCUCCGGUGAAUGUGAAAGUGUUGUAAUCCGAAAACAUAUGUAAAUAUUCGCCUUUAAGGUGCCUAAUACGUAAUCCAUUAAAAUUCUGAAUUUCUGUUGUUGUA